CUCGUUAUCGCGACCUCCGAGCGCCUGCAAGCGAUUCUCCUUCGUCCGAAAAGCCGUCGCGAACACAUGAGGCGUCUCAUUUCGCUUCAAAGUGGCCCCGGCCCAAGCGCGCAUACCAUGAGUGAUGCUCGAGGCGACUGAGAUGUUCUCCUGCAGCUUCUUCUGUUCAAUGGACACACGCUCUGGAUUCCCGGAACGACUUGACGCUCUCGGACGCUUCACAUAUAACGCCUGGCAGCUAAGGAGGUACUGUACUGCUCCCUGCGCCCCCCAAACAUCCGGUUCUGGUCGGAUACGACAAGGAGAACUAUUGCAAUGCCGUCUGCGGGAUACCUGAUCUAUUGCGGCAUAAUGCCGCUCUUGAAAACAUUCAUUGCGAUCUUCGUCGGAUACUUCCUGGGCAAGAAGGGGCUCUUCACCGCGGAGGCGUCCAAAGGAGCCUCGCAGGUAUCCAUGAACAUAUCGCUGCCCGCCCUGAUCUUCGCGAAUGUGGUGCCCGCGUUCACAUCCCAAAACGUCUCCGCCCUCGGGCCGCUGUUCCUGACUGCCUUCUCCUACCUCGGGUUCGGGUUCACCUUCGGCCUCAUCAUACGCGAAAUAUGCUAUGUGCCACGUAAUUUCUGGCAGGGCAUCGUCGUGCUCUGUGCCAUGAGCAAUUGGGGGAAUCUUCCAACUGCCAUUGUGGAGGCUGUAAUGCAGGAGGCCCCGUUCAACCGUAAUUCAGACCCCGCUCUGGGCGUUUCUUUUGUCUCAGUAUUCAUCGUGUCGUAUCACCUUGUCUUUUGGGUUGGUGGCGCUGCACGCUCGCUGGCCUGGGACUAUUUGCCAGGUGUACCCCAAGGUGCCGAGGCUGAACGUCGUUUGGCCUGGCACGAGAAGCCCAUCGGGGGUUUCAUUGCACGUUACGUCCUACAUUUGAAAGUUGCUAGCCCCGCGCCUGUAUAUUCCGAGAAGGCCGACGGUGCAUCCGUAUCCGAGAAAGGACCGAUGGAAAUGGAGAAGGGCAAAGACGUGAUGGAUGACUUGGAAGCGAAUCUGUAUGCAAGCCUCCAGGCAGAACAGCCAGAGCUCGGUAUGGUCGAGGAGGACCACGCAUACGAGACUGACCCCGAUGUCCAGCUCGCGCGGCGCACGUCCCGUCUGUCCAUCACGUCCAACAGAUCCCGCCGGCCUUCCUUACUCGCAGGCAUAUCGCCAUCCUUGCCCCAGCCGCCUGCGACUCCACCCCCAUCAGUGCUGCAUUCGUCAGAACAAGCGAACGUCCACGAACACCCUUCGUCGUACUUCGCACGCCUGCAGAAGACGCUACGCCCGCUCUCGGCGGCGGUAACACCAAUCACGGUGUCCCUCGUCAUCUCCCUACCCAUCGCGCUCAUUACGAACCUCAAGGCGUUGUUCGUCAAUACCACCAAUCAGGGAGGUCCCGCCUGGUAUGGGCCCGAUGGCAAUCCACCCCUGAACUUCAUUUACGUCAGUGCCCAAUUCCUCGGGGAAAUUGCCGUACCGCUGUCACUCAUCCUUCUAGGCGCAUCCUUCGCACGUAUGCAGAUCCCGCGCCCCCUCUCACGGCUCCCCAUUAUGGCCAUGCUGGCUGCGGCCCUCGCCAAAAUGGUGCUGCUACCCGUUAUCGGUGUCUUCCUUAUCCAAGGCAUGGUCAAAGGCGGUCUGAUCCCGCGUGAGGCGCUGGCGGAGAGGUUUGUGGCGAUGUUCCUCAGUGGAACGCCCCCCGCGGUCAACCAGCUGAUCGUAUCGUCGCUGUACUCCACCACGGGCGAUGUAGACACGCUUUCUGCCUUCUUGCUCAUCCAGUACAUCGUCAUGUUCUUUUCCUCCGCAGCACUGACAGCGGUCUCCUUGCUGCUUCUUUGACGACCUCUGACGACCCCCGCAUGCAACCAGUCAUUCGCCUCUGAUGGGACUUGGCAUGGCGGCGCUAGACCGGCUGUCAACCUAGAGUAUUAGACCAUAAGUAUUUCGAGGAUCCCAACGGUUAUUCGUUCCCCACUGUAGAGCAACGCCCAAACUGUAUGUGUCCUUUUCCGAUCAUCCUUCUCGGAAGCAUGUUGUAAGUACGCGUAUUACGACCGUUUGUUGUAUCGUUAAUAUCGUUCCCUGGAUACAUACGAAGGAGUUCUAUCACCGCUACCGGUAAUCCAGUAGUUCUCGA